CAGUAGACAAAAGGAGGACAUGCUUCACAGUCUUAAAAGGUUAAGGGAAAAAACUGAUGAUGAUGAUGCAAAAGUUGAAGAACAUGAUAAACAAGUCAAAAUACAAACUUCUAAAGAAGGAAGUGAUGAUUCUGAGGCAGAGCAGCAGGAAAGGAAAAAGGACCAAAGAGAAAGAGAGGAGUUAGAGUGCCACCUUAGAAUGCGAGAUGCUGCAUCAUCGAAAAAGCUAAGGCUAUCAAAGAGGAAUGAAGAAGAUGGGAUUGAAAUUUUGAGAAAAGUUUCAAGGCAAGCAUACCUGAAAAAAAGGGAGCAGAAGAAACUGGAAGAGCUUCGAGAUGAGAUAGAGGACGAGCAAUAUUUAUACGAGGAAGAAAAUUAUCGAGAUAUGAGAUACAAAAAAGAGAUAUACGAUCUUGUUAAAAAUAAGACUGUUCAGGAAGCUGAUGAAUUAGGAAAUGAAUAUAGGAUGCCUGAUGCAUAUGAUGAAGAAGGACAAGUAGAUCAAAAAAAGAGAUUCGAUGUUGCCAUGAAGCGUUACAGAGAUUCUUCAAGUGCUGGAAAGAAGAUAAAUCAUUUUACAGAACAGGAAGCAUGGGAGGAGAAUCAAAUCAGAAAAGCAACUCCUAAGUUUGGCUGCUCAAAAGAAAGAAAGCAAACAUUAUCUGAAAGCUUUCAGUUAGUUUUUGAGGACCAGAUUGAUUUUACAAAUGUGGAAUAUGAACAACUAGAGAAGGAAUCAUCAUCAAUGACAAAGUCAGCCAUAGAGAGGCAGCAGUUUCAGGCAGAUAGAAAAACCUUGCCUAUUUACCUAUACAAGGAAAAAUUACUUAAAGCUGUUAAUGACUAUCAGGUACUUAUUAUUGUAGGAGAAACAGGGUCAGGAAAAACAACACAAAUACCUCAAUACCUUCACGAAGCUGGAUACACAAAGCGUGGAAAGAUUGGUUGUACUCAGCCACGUCGUGUUGCUGCAAUGAGUGUUGCUGCCAGAGUUUCUCAAGAAAUGGGUGCUAAACUCGGGCAUGAGGUUGGAUAUUCUAUUCGAUUCGAAGAUUGUACAUCUGAAAAAACAAUGCUGAAAUAUAUGACUGAUGGGAUGCUUCUUCGAGAAUUUCUGGGUGAACCUGAUCUUGCAAGUUAUAGUGUAGUAAUGGUGGAUGAGGCUCAUGAGAGGACACUCACAACUGACAUUUUGUUUGGUUUAUUAAAGGAUGUUACUCGAUUUCGUCCUGAUCUGAAGCUGCUUAUAUCAAGUGCAACUCUUGAUGCUGAGAAGUUCAGUAAAUACUUUGAUUCAGCCCCAAUUUUUAUAAUUCCCGGGAGAAGGUAUCCUGUUGAGAUACACUAUACGAAAGCGCCUCAAGUUGACUACUUAGAUGCAGCAAUUGUCACAGUUCUUCAGAUACAUGUUACUCAGCCAGCUUGGGUUGAUCAUGAUAUAUUGGUCUUUCUCACUGGUCAAGAGGAAAUUGAAACAGCUGAGGAGAUACUUAAGUUUCGAACAAAGGGGUUGGGAAGUAAGAUACCUGAACUUAUCAUAUGUCCCAUAUAUGCAAAUCUUCCGACAGAGUUGCAGGCAAAAAUAUUUGAACCGACUCCAGAAGGUGCACGUAAGGUUGUUUUAGCCACAAACAUAGCUGAAACAUCUCUAACUAUUGAUGGAAUCAAGUAUGUUAUUGACCCAGGAUUUGUGAAGAUGAAGUCUUACAACCCGAGAGGAACUGGUAUGGAGUCAUUGCUAGUGACACCCAUUUCAAAAGCAUCAGCAAAUCAACGGGCUGGUCGAUCUGGAAGAACUGGUCCUGGAAAAUGUUUUCGAUUGUAUACAGCUUACAACUAUAAUCACGAAUUGGAAGAUAAUACAGUUCCAGAAAUACAACGCACAAAUCUUGCAAAUGUUGUGCUUACUCUUAAAAGUUUAGGCAUCCAUGAUCUUUUGAAUUUUGAUUUCAUGGAUCCACCACCAUCUGAAGCAUUACUGAAAGCCUUGGAGCUGCUAUUUGCCUUGGGCGCACUAAAUAAGUUGGGUGAGUUAACUAAAGUGGGUAGAAGAAUGGCGGAAUUUCCACUUGAUCCAAUGCUAUCUAAGAUGAUUGUAGCAUCAGAAAAACAUAAAUGCUCAGAUGAGAUUAUUUCAAUCGGUGCUAUGCUUUCUGUUGGGAAUUCCAACAUCUUUUAUCGACCCAAGGACAAGCAGAUUCAUGCUGACAAUGCACGGAUGAACUUCUACAAUGGAAAUGUUGGAGAUCAUAUAGCAUUGCUUAAGGUUUAUAGUUCAUGGAAAGAAAACAAUUAUUCAACUCAAUGGUGCUAUGAAAACUACAUCCAGGUCAGAAGCAUGAGGCGUGCAAGAGAUAUAAGAGACCAGUUAGAGAGACUACUAGAGCGGGUUGAAAUUGAACUUACAUCCAACAACAAUGAUGAUUUUGAAGCAAUAAACAAAAGUAUAACCGCGGGUUUCUUCCCUAAUUCUGCAAAACUGCAAAAGAAUGGAACUUUUAAGACCCUUAAACAUCCCCAAACAGUUUAUAUCCAUCCUAGCAGCUCUGGUAUAACACAGUUUCUUCCGAGAUGGGUGAUCUACCAUGAGUUAGUACUGACAACUAAAGAGUAUAUGCGACAGGUUACAGAGCUUAAACCUGAAUGUCUCCUUGAAAUAGCGCCUCACUAUUAUCAUAACAAGGUGUCCUCGUCAAGUCAAGGGCACAGAUCAAUCGCAAAUGGAACUAGAACUAGUUAG